AAGAGCCUCGCUCCGCCUUCCGAGGGGUUCCACUAGUUUUCAGCUCGGGGGGCUCAGUCCCAGCUGGAUGUAGUGGCCUGGCCGGGCAGGAGGGGCGGCCCAGCGGGGGUCGUGCCUCCUGGAGCCGCCCCCAGGACGUGAGUCCUGGAGGAGGCGACGGUUGUUCCAGUUGUUGAGAGGACUAUGAACAGGUCAGAGAACUUGUUCUUUCCCGGUUCUUCAUUAGCAUCCCAAGUUCAUGCUGCUGCUAUUAAUGGAGAUAAGGGUGCUCUUCACAAGCUUAUUGUAGGGAACUCUGCCCUUAAAGACAAAGAAGAUCAGUUUGGGAGAACACCACUUAUGUACUGUGUGUUGGCUGACAGACUGGAUUGUGCAGAUACUCUGCUGAAAGCAGGAGCAGAUGUUAAUAAAACUGACCAUAGCCAGAGAACUGCCCUCCAUCUUGCAGCUCAAAAGGGAAAUUAUCGUUUCAUGAAACUCUUACUUACACGCAGAGCAAACUGGAUGCAGAAGGAUCUGGAAGAAAUGACUCCUUUACACUUGACUACCCGGCACAAGAGCCCUAAAUGUUUGGCACUUCUGCUGAAGUUUAUGGCACCAGGAGAAGUGGAUACACAGGAUAAAAACAAGCAAACAGCUCUGCAUUGGAGCGCCUACUACAACAACCCUGAGCAUGUGAAGCUGCUCAUCAAGCAUGAUUCUAACAUUGGAAUUCCUGAUGUCGAAGGCAAGAUCCCACUUCACUGGGCAGCCAACCACAAAGAUCCAAGCGCUGUUCACACAGUGCGAUGCAUUCUGGAUGCUGCUCCAACAGAGUCUUUACUGAACUGGCAAGACUACGAGGGUCGAACACCUCUUCACUUUGCAGUUGCUGAUGGGAAUGUGACAGUGGUUGAUGUCUUGACCUCAUACGAAAGCUGCAAUAUAACAUCAUACGAUAACUUAUUUCGAACACCGCUUCACUGGGCAGCUUUGCUAGGCCAUGCACAGAUUGUCCAUCUCCUCUUGGAAAGAAAUAAGUCUGGAACCAUUCCAUCCGACAGCCAAGGAGCAACACCCUUGCACUAUGCAGCUCAGAGUAACUUUGCUGAAACAGUUAAAGUGUUUCUAAAACAUCCAUCAGUAAAAGAUGAUUCAGACCUUGAAGGAAGAACAUCCUUUAUGUGGGCUGCUGGGAAAGGCAGUGAUGACGUCCUUAGGACUAUGCUGAGCUUAAAGUCUGACAUUGACAUUAAUAUGGCAGACAAAUACGGAGGUACAGCUUUACAUGCUGCUGCCCUUUCUGGCCAUGUCAGCACCGUGAAGUUAUUACUGGAAAAUAACGCUCAAGUAGAUGCUACUGAUGUCAUGAAACAUACUCCACUUUUCCGAGCCUGUGAGAUGGGGCACAAAGAUGUGAUUCAGACACUCAUCAAAGGUGGAGCAAGGGUGGAUCUAGUCGACCAAGAUGGACAUUCUCUUCUACAUUGGGCCGCGCUGGGAGGAAAUGCAGAUGUUUGCCAGAUCCUGAUAGAAAAUAAGAUCAACCCAAAUGUGCAGGAUUAUGCAGGAAGAACCCCACUGCAGUGCGCUGCAUAUGGGGGCUAUAUCAACUGCAUGGCCGUGCUCAUGGAAAACAGCGCAGACCCGAACAUUCAAGACAAAGAGGGAAGAACAGCUUUGCACUGGUCCUGUAACAAUGGAUACCUUGAUGCUAUUAAAUUACUACUAGACUUUGCUGCUUUCCCUAAUCAGAUGGAAAACAAUGAAGAGAGGUACACCCCCCUGGAUUAUGCCCUGCUUGGGGAGCGGCACGAAGUGAUCCAGUUCAUGUUGGAGCAGGGCGCCCUGUCCAUCGCGGCCAUACAGGACAUCGCCGCCUUCAAGAUCCAGGCCGUCUACAAAGGGUACAAGGUCAGGAAGGCUUUCCGAGACCGGAAAAAUCUGCUCAUGAAGCACGAACAGUUGAGAAAGGAUGCUGCGGCCAAGAAACGAGAAGAAGAACACAAGCGAAGAGAGGCGGAACAGCAGAAAGGAAGGCUGAGCCCAGAUCCCUGCAGACCCCACGCUGCUCUCCGUCUGCCCAGCACCCAAGCUGAGCCCCACGGACAGAACCGGGCCCCCAGCAAACAGCCCCCCUGCAGCGACGAGGCCCAAGGCCCUGAGCGGAGAGCCUGCAGACGGUCUCCAGGUAGAGGGUCUCCAAGCAGAGCCCCCCGGAAGGAGCCGCAGCUCUGCCCAGACUUGCAGAGAACAGAACCCAGAAAACCAAAUGAAACAGUCAGAGAACACUCUAGAGGCCGACCUGCCUGUGUCCACUUCAGCCCCAGCGAAGGCGGUGCUGGGGACAGGUGUCCGGGGCCCUCCGCUGCCGGGAAGCCUAAAGGUGAGACGGCUGCUGAGCACCACGGCGACGAGGGGAGAGGCUCCUGCAAGCAGCCGUCCCGCGUGCGGGCGGCUGGGCCCGCCGCGGAAGGCGAGGAGCGCAGCCGGCGGCCCGACGCAGCCCCCAAGGCCGCGCGCGCGCCCCCGAAGAGGCGCGGCCAGGAGCUCAGAGGAGGGCGGCGCUCCCCGGCCGGGUCCAGCAGGCCCGGCAGUGCCAAGGGGGAGGCGGUCCACGCCGGGCAGAGCCCUAUCCACCACCGGACGCCAAGGACCACGGUGACCCAGGACAAGCUCGCAGGAGGGACCUCCUCAGAUCUGCCUCCGAGCACAGAGGUGUUGCGAUCAGGAGUCAGGAAGCUGGGGGCAUCGGCCCGCUCUGAGGACACUCGGCUGCCCACGGAGACCGAUCCGGCUCCCGGCGCCCUCCCUGCGCAGGCUGUGAACAUCGCCCUUCUCCCCGUAGAGCUGCGGCUGCAGAUCAUCCAGAGAGAAAGAAGCAGGAAGGAGCUGUUCCGCAGGAAGAACAGGGCCGCGGCGGUCGUCCAGCGGGCCUGGAGGAGCUACCAGCUCCGGAAGCACCUGUCACACCUCCUGCACUUGAAGCGGCUUGGAGCCAGAGAUAUGGACAGAUGGAAUCGAGAGUGCCUGGCUUUGAUCCUCCAGGUUUGGAGGAAGGAACUGGAACUGAAACCCCCAAAGACCAUGGCAGUAAGCAAGACCAAGAGCCCACCCAAGGGCAGCUCUGGCGGCAAGCCCAGCAGGCACUCGGCGCUCAAGCACAUCUACGGUUCUCAAGAAGGGAAAGUGCGUCAGCCCACAAGGUCUUCAAAAGCCCCCUCUGUGCUGGGCCUCAGCUCAGUGAGCAACCUGCAGUGUCUUCACCUCCUUGAGAACAGUGGAAGGUCACAGAAUUUUUCUUACAACCUGCAACCAGCUAACCCAUCAAGAAACAGACUAAAGCUUCGACUGCCUAAGGAGGGAGACUGCGCCCGCGGGGCUCGAAUGGCCAGCGCAGACUUCAAGUUCUCGGAUUAGCUUUCACACUUUAGGCAGCUUUAAUAUCCCAAAGCCUUAUUAGCCUGAAAAUGUGCUAACAAGGGAAAAGAAAUGUGUUUUCCUCCUGCUCCACACAGCACUGUUUUGUAAGUCCCUCACCUGCUCUGAAAGGACCAGGGUGGCCCAUACCGGUGCAGAGCUGCCCUCCCGCCUCCACGUCGCGGGGCUGGAAAAGAAGACUGUGUAACAGGGAGUCUCCGCAGAACUGAGAGAAGUGAGCACUGAGGACCCUGCUGGGUCGGGGCGUCUGCCUGCCGGCUGGUGCAAACCUGGCAUUUGUUGACUCCAGGCUGAAGAGCCUAAAUGAGAUGGGGAGGAGCCUGGCCCACAGCAACUGCCUUCAGCUCACUACUUUUCUGGAAUCAAAUGCAAUGGACUUCAUUACAGACACCACAUCCUGUUAUAAUUUUUAGACCAGAGUCAUGGCCCAGUGUUCGCUUUUAGAAAUUCUAAGACUGUACUAGGUACACUGUUGAUGGCUUACAUUUUACAGUUUCCGUGUCAGCCUCUGAAGGCCACAGGCUGCUGCCAUGUCCUCUGUGAACGGCGUUCCUCCUGCUGAGCGCCGGCGGCUGCACCUCCGCACCGCGGCCUCGGGUCGGCAGGCUACAGACCGGAUCGCGCAGGCACAGGCUGCCAGUUCGGGCCUUAACCCCUCCUCCUGUUUUCUGCCUGACCUGCGGAGGUGAGCCGUCUUGUCAAACUGCCAUUCCUCUGGCACUGUGCGAACUAUGCAUUCCAGCUCUUAAAGAACAUCUGGUUUAAAUAAAAUCAGUGAUUAUGGGCUUCUUCAUCUUUUAAGGGCAAAGCUACUAUGAAUGUAGACAGGCAGGAACAAUGACAUAUUAGGCUCACAAGUGUUUCUAGGACUGCUUCCGUUUUAAGAUUACCGCCACCCCUGUUCUGACAGUGAGAGACUGGAAACAAUAAAGUGUUAAACAUUG